AUGCUGGUUGACUUGUCUACGCCUGAAACAUUCGUUCUGGAAUCUGCUGAAUUCCUAAACAAAUUUGGACCUCAAAAUGUCUUCAACCCCGCAGCUUCCAGCACGUUUAAAAACAAAACCACCUAUUUUGUUAAUGCUUACAUUGAUAUGUUUCCAAAAACGAUGUCGAUGGUUCACGGAUAUCUUGGAGAAGACCGAAUUUCGGGUUUGGGAAAAGAAUUUCAAACCACUUUCGGCGUGGUUCAGCGUUACGACAAUAGUGAGCCGAACCUGAGCUUUCUGAACCAAACCUUUGCUGGACGAAUUGGAUUAUCAAAUACGAAAGAUCCAAAGACCAGCGUUCGAGAUACCAUCCUCCGCGACAGUCAUUUGCCUGUGGUAUGUUUGGAGGCAACUGCAAAUAAGACGUAAGUAUGAAGCAGCCGUUGAAAAACAGCUUACAUUGCGGCGGUCGAAUUGAAAACUCCACGCACUUUAUGGACCUUUAUAUAUAUAUUAUAUAUAUAUAUAUAUAUAUAUAUAUAUAUAUAUAUAUAUAUAUAUAUUAUUAUUAUUAUAUAUAUUAAAUAAUUUUAGGCAUAACUCAACAACCGUCCGCAUCGGCGACUACAUCUACAACAAAACCAGCUUCAAAACCAAAGUUCCUGCAAUCAAGCCAGAAUUUCCGUUCGAGGGUCUAUGGAUCGCGCCGGUGGACGGCGUGUCAAUUGACGGAGUUAAUUUCAACGACAGUUAUGGUGCUAUACUUGCAACGACCGUUGAUGUCAUUGGACUUCCUGGUGGCCCGUACGAGCACCUCCUUAAAAAACUCAAGCCAAAAUACGACCAAGACCUUCGGGAGUGGGUUGUGGACUGUGCGCUGAAUAUCGACAUAAAAUUAGCGAUCGGGAAGUCCGAAAUUGUAAUUGAGUUUGGAGCUUAUACAGAUAAGCUAACUGAAACAAAAUGUCGGCUAAAGCUUGAUGUAAGUCAAUGGAAUCGACUAUUGCUUGGAGCGCCGUUCUUUACCAACAACGGCAUUUGUCUGAACUACGAGUCCGAUGAAAUUCAUUUUUACGAGGUUCCUCACACGAACAGCGGCAUGAAGAUUGCAAGCAGCAGUUUCUUGAUAACCUGUUUGCUGACAUUUGCACUUUUCUUGCCUAAAUGA